CAGUAACCCUAGUUCCGCGUCUACCAUCUCUCCGUUCUCAUCUCCUUCCCCCGCCUCUCUUUCCCCUCAAGUCUUCGCCGCUGAAAAUGCCUUUCAAAAGGUACGUUGAGAUCGGGAGGGUUGCUCUGGUUAACUAUGGCAAGGACUACGGUAAGCUCGUGGUCAUUGUCGAUGUCAUUGACCAGAACAGGGCUCUUGUUGACGCACCUGAUAUGGUGAGAUCUCAAAUGAAUUUCAAGAGGCUCUCCCUCACUGACAUUAAGAUUGAUAUUAAGAGGGUUCCUAAGAAGAAGGAUCUCCUUCAAGCAAUGGAAGCUGCUGAUGUCAAGAAGAAGUGGGAGAAUAGUUCUUGGGGUAGAAAACUGAUUGUCCAGAAGAGAAGGGCAUCUCUCAAUGAUUUCGAUAGGUUCAAGAUAAUGUUGACAAAGAUCAAGAGAGCAGCUGCUGUAAAGCAAGAACUUGCUAAGCUGAAGAAGAGCGCUUAGGCGUUAGGUUGUGAGCUAUAUUCAAAUUUUUGCUAUGCAUUUCUUUCGAGCAGUACACCUUCGAUGUUAUGAGUUACGUCAUUUGGAGACGAGAAAGUUUUAUUUUGGAAUAUUUAUUGUUAGGGUAUUGAUGUUGGUCCUUAAUAGUUGGAAUGUCUGCGGAUA